ACUCUCAAAAAAAAAACUCACUUUAACAAAAUGUGUCAACAAAUGCAACAAUUGGCCAACUCAAACGCCACCACCAACAACAAAAAAACCUACAGCAUCAAGAAAGUCUUGAAAACUUUCUUCAAGAAACAACAAAAAACCUCCAGCACUGAAACCUUUGAAGAUUUGGACAAUCUACGCAACAUGCAAGCCGAACAACAACAAUACUUCUCCGAAAUGGAAGAUAAUUCGGCCAAUGAAAAACUCUCAGUCAUGGCCUACGACGAACAGGAACAAGAUGAUCAAGAAGAUAUUUAUGUUCCCGUACGUUUUGCUCGCACUGAAGCUGGUACUUUCUUCUGGACCACCAACUUGCAACCUGUCACCAGCACCAUUCAACCAGCUGUUGAUGAAGAUCUAUUGCAACCCGCCUACUGCUACAGCAACAAUCAAUAUCCCAUCAUGCAAUUCCAAGAUCGUUGGGCUCAAGCUUAAGUUAUCAACAACAUUUGCAUCAACAACAACAACAAAAAGCUUUAAAACAAAAAACAAUUGCUUCAACAACAAUUGUAUGUGAUAUUUGUUAGCAGCAGUUAUACAGCGGCAGCAUUAUGGUUCAAAUUAAUUUAAGUCUCUUUAUAAAAAAAACGUCUUCCUUUAGUAUUUAAGUAACAAAAAAAAAACAUUUAUUGAAUAAUUUUAAGUAACAAAAAAAAUAAUUGUGAUAAACAACAAAACAGCUUUAAAAAAUAUAAACAAAUUUUAUUUUAAAAACAAAAA